AUGGCGUCCAAUGAAAAGACAUCGCUGUCCAAGACAGGCCCAAUAGCUUCAGAUGAAGGACCCUCCGCUAUCGACAUGUAUGAUGAACUUGAGCAAGCACCUCGAAUCUUGAAACUAUCUUCUAGGGGCAAACGACGCUUUCCCGUAGAACGACUAAUUAUCCAAGUCGAAGACGCACCAGACAGCUUUGUCCCCGGCUUUCUUCACCUGCCCUCUGACUUUGUCUCGCCUGCACCGCAUGAUCACCACCGGACGGCAGCUAUACUGCUUUCUGGGGCAGGUGGAGGUGUCGCUGGUCCGAGUUGCAUUUACUUGUCGAUCGCCGCCAAACUAGCCGCUCUCAGCACCGGAAUACCAGCGCUGAGGCUCGACUACCGCUACCCAGGGCGCAACAAGUACUGCGUCGAGGAUGUCAAGGCUGCAAUGUCGUGCCUUCAGGAGACGUAUGGCCUCGAUCGUUUUGUGCUCAUUGGGUGGUCUUUCGGUAGCGCCCCCGUGUUUACCAUUGGCGGUAGCGACGACCGGAUCACAGGCUGCGCAGCAAUGGCUAGCCAGUCGGCCGAGACAGAUGGGAUCCGCCGCCUGGCACCUACCCCAGUGUUGCUGCUCCAUGGCACGGCUGACACAACCCUCAGUCCUUCCUGUUCCGCCGCUCUGUACGACAUGUAUGGUGAGAUGGGAAACAGGCAUAUCCACCUUUUCGAGAAUGACGACCACGCACUCAGCCACAAUGCCAGUACAGCAGAAGGCAUGUUGCUGAAAUUUGUGGUUGGGUGUGCCGGCUUGGAUAUUAGCAAUGCCGAGCUGAACCGUAUAACCAGCCAGGUGCUAAUUGAGGAAGGUGAAAGAACAGAACUCAUGAAGAAAGGGGGUGAUCUUCGGCCUCCCGAAAGUCUAUCGUAG